GGGGAACGAGAUGAGCAGCGCCGGCGCCGCCGCUGCAAGAUGCUGGAUGGACACGUCCUGCUGGGAUGGCUCUCCUCCUGCGCGCUCCUAGGGCUGCUCGCCUGCGCCCCGCGGCCCUCCGCCGCCUACUUCGGGCUAACGGGGAACGAACCCCUGACCAUCCUCCCUCUGACCUCAGAAAUGGAGGAAGCUGCCGUCAAAGCCCACUACAAAGUCUGUGACCGCCUGAAGCUGGAGAAGAAGCAGCGCAGGAUGUGCCGGCGGGACCCCGGCGUGGCUGAGACCCUGAUGGAAGCCAUCAGCAUGAGUGCCCUGGAAUGCCAGUACCAAUUUCGCUUUGAGCGCUGGAACUGCACCCUUGAGGGUCGCUACCGGGCCAGCUUGCUAAAGAGAGGUUUUAAGGAGACAGCCUUCUUGUACGCCAUCUCCUCCGCAGGGCUGACGCACGCCAUGGCCAAGGCGUGCAGUGCGGGGCGGAUGGAGCGUUGCACCUGCGACGAGGCCCCCGACCUGGAGAACCGUGAGGCUUGGCAGUGGGGCGGUUGUGGCGACAACCUGAAAUACAGUAACAAGUUCGUCAAGGAGUUCCUGGGGAGGAAGCCCAACAAGGACCUGCGAGCCAGGGUGGACUUUCACAAUAACCUCGUGGGCAUGAAGGUCAUCAAAGCUGGAGUGGAGACAACUUGUAAAUGCCACGGUGUAUCUGGAUCCUGUACUGUCCGAACAUGCUGGAGGCAGCUCUCUCCAUUCCAUGAAAUAGGGAAGCAGCUGAAGCAGAAGUAUGAGACAUCGCUCAAAGUGGGCAGCACUACCAACGAGGCCACAGGUGAAGGAGACAUCUCCCCACCCAAGAAGUCCAUCCCUGGUCACAGUGAUCAAAUCCCAAGGACUACGGAUCUUGUCUACAUUGACGAUUCCCCAAGCUUCUGUAUGAUGAGUAGAUACUCGCCUGGGACUUCAGGAAGGAAAUGUUACAAAGACAAGAACUGUGACAGCAUCUGCUGCGGGCGAGGGCACAAUACACAGAGCCGGGUGGUCACCCGUCCGUGCCAAUGCCAGGUCCGUUGGUGCUGCUAUGUGGAAUGCAAGCAAUGCACCCAGAGAGAGGAGGUUUACACCUGCAAAGACUGACACGUCUUCUGCUUGAUGGCAACCCUUGGUGACGGGCAAUGGCGAUCUAUGAGAACUACAUAUGGAGACAAACAGGGUUUGAUUGACCUUCUGGGAUCUGAAAGCUAUGUUGAGACAUAAGCACUUUGUAGGGUACAGGUGACCCAGCUGUGUUGCUGUUUUGUUUUUGUUUUGUUUUGUUUUCCUGUAGACUGAAUUUUAAUGAGGUCCAACCAUGUGGAAAUAAGUGCCUGUCACACUGGGGUUAGACACCAGUUGACCUUCACCUUAGUCGUCUACACAGUUUGACAGAUCAUUUAUCCUUGGAACAUCUUGAUCAUUUUACCAAUCCUCCAUGAACUCCUGGGCUAAUAUAUUCUCUUUGGCAUAAAUAAUCUAUACUACUUUAUUCCUGAAGCUUACCCAACUGCUUAGAGAGCUAAGCAGAUACAAAAGAAAGAUCUUUCUGCUUUGAAUGCAAUGGUACGGGAAGUGGUUAAAUUUUUUCCCCUUUUAAAACUGGAGAGAAGUGUGUAGGGUAAGCAGGAGCAGCCCUGAUGGUUCCUCUAGUGGAGUUUCUGCACAUCGAGCAAACAAGGCUCUGACAAAGAGACUCACUGGGAGGGUAAGCUUUUUAGCGAGAGUUCCGUAUCCGCAUGCUUUGAUCACCAAGUACAGCUCAAAAAAUGUUGGGUCCACCAUGUUGCAGACAGAAAUAUAUCCAAGAAAGAGGUUGGGAAGACAGUAGAAAACCAGACGUGCCUGUCCCCUUCAGUCCAAUCGUGUGUUCUUUUUUUAAAACAAUUUCAAACAAUUUCUCCAAAUGCAGUUUUUUUAGCACUAUCGCUGUCUUAAUUUUAAUUUUUAUUUUUAAAAACCACUAGAUUCUUUUGUUUUAUUUUCACUUUGUUCAUGAUUUAUUUUUCUCUCCUCUUCCCACCUCUUCAUGAUUGAAUUCACCCUGUGGUAACUGCUUCAGAAAUCUAAACUGGAACUUUUUAGUCUUAUACCAGCUGAAUUUGGACAUGCGUUUCUGAGUAGGACAAGAGAAAUUCGAGUGCAUCUUGGAAUGCAGUGCUGUCUUGCAUUGUAUAGCAGCCGUUUUGGACUGGAUAGACCUCUGGAGGAGCUGACUUUUCUUUUACUAGGUCAUCAUUCCAUUUACUCUAACCAUGGCAGUGGUACAUGACGCAAGCUGUAUGUAAACCCUAUGACCUUAAGAUUUUAUUUUUUUUUUUAACCACUAGAUUGAGAACUGUAUUUUAAAAAUACAACUGCUAAAUGCUAAUAAACUAUUGGAUUUGGAACAACCAAUUGACGCAGAGACAAACUAUCAAGUGGCCAGAGCAGCCAGAAAUUGACUGCAGAGGGAAAUCGCUCUGACGCUGUGAAAUAGAUGACAACUUUCAGCAUUUUUUUUUCCCUCUGAAGAGGAUACUUAAAAUCCAGGACUUGAUGUGGCAACAUCCUUCACGUAAAAGUGGAUCGGAAGCAGUUAGUGAAUGCCUCAAUGAAGCUUUCUAAGGAAACAAUGGAGAGCGGAGGGCAUUUUGUUUUAUUUUUGGUAGCAAGUUUUGAUUGUCCAGUGGUAGCAAUUUCCACCUAUUUUAUAUAAGCCAUUGAUCUGGUUCUCAAAAGAGGAAAGCUGGUUGGAUUUUUUCAAGCAGUAAUAGGUGUUAGACAAACAAAAAGAGAGCAGUUUUCCGAGAUGGACCAUUAUUUUUUCUUUUCUUUCCUUUUAAAUUUUUUCCCCAAAUAGUAGCCACUAAUAUUUAAUCUGUUCCCGUGCAUCUACUGGGAGGAGAAAAGUUAUAUUUUUUUUUUCCUUGCUAAAAAAUACCUGCAGUUCAGCCUGGCUCAUUGACAUCAAAUCUUGAGGUGGGGGCAUGGGGAGCGACAGGAUGUUACUGUUAAUAGCUCUAUGGUCCUGCAAAGUGAAGCGCACCGUCUCUUUUUUUGAGGUUUGCUUAUUUGCUGUACAGUUCUGGAGGUUGGGGUAGUGCUGGGGAAGGAGGAACUCACACACAGCAUUUGUCCCUUCCACCGUGGCAAAUGUGCGGUGGUGCAUUCGACGCAGAAAGUUUGCAGGAAGGUCUUGCAGCUUCUGGGAGAUGCACCACUUUGAAAGUCACCCAUGAGCAGUUUAUCUAAUGGUUUAAAAAAUAAACUGACUAGAAACAUAUUAUUUAGUGUGUGCAUGUGUGUAUAUAUAUACACACACGCUGACACAUAAAUAUAUAUAUAUAUAAAUAUUGAAUGAACAUUUAUUUAUUGUAAAGCCCUUCAGAAGGACCUUCUUAUGGUUUCAAUGUGGUAUUAUGUUAAAUUCUUUUUCUCCCGCUGUCUCUCUCUCUCUCUCACACAUAUGUGCAAACUCACUGUUACGUUUUUGUGUGUGUGCUAGAAUAGCUCUUCCCCUCCAAAGUAAGGCUGGAUCCAAACCUGCUCAAAACAUGAGGAUUUUUGGGUCUGAAUUACUAUUUCUGGCUCCAUUCUUUUUUAAAAAAUAUUUGUUCUUGAUUAAAGAAUGGGCCACAAUUUAUGUGCAUUAUUAUUAUUAUUAUUAAUUAUUAUUAUUAUUAUUAUUAUUAUUGUUAUAUUUAAACCAUGGGCCUCAUUUUCCUUCUUUUCACUGGUGUCUCUGUCUCCGUUGACCUCGCUGGAGUAAAUCCACAUUGCACUGGUGUGAGAGGAGAAUGAGUCCCGAGAUGCAGAAGAGAGGGCAGUGUUGGCAUCGGUAUCGUUGCAGAGAAAAUGCCUGGGUCGGAUGGAAUAAGGUAGCCUGGUGCAUUUGGCAGUGAAGGGGAGAGAGAGAGAUGGGUGAGCAAUAAAGCAGACUGUCAAAGCCUGACUAGAGGAAAGAGGCAAAGAGUGAAUGAACUACUGAGUGAAAGAGCUCUUCUGUGUAUUAUAACUCACGCACUGAAGCCUGGAUGCUUUCUGUAAGUAUUUAAAAAAAAAAUCACCAAAAAACCACAAAAAACAAAUUGUAUUUAUGUUAAUGUGGAUAUAUUACUUGCCUGUUAUAUAUUGUAAAUAGCAAGGUUUAUUCUCCUGUGGUUAAAAAAAAAUAUAAAUAACUAAAUAGUAGCGAGGCACAUGUGUUAAAUGUAUAGGCAGUGUAUAAAAUAUACUAACACUCUGAAAUCAGGAGAACUUGUCUUCUUGGCCUUUUGACCUAGAGUGGUAAAACAUAUGUGGGUUAUUUUUCUUCUUCCCCCACCACAUUGCGUGUGUUUUGGGUGUUGGGGGGUGUUUAGUUCCAGCAUUUUCCAAUAUUUGCCUUAUCUUUGAAGAAAGAAUGGGGGGAAAAGCCUCGUUUUGGAAAAAUCCAGUGGAGCUUAAGUAGGAUGAAACAAGUAGCAGCUGGUAGAAAUGAUGUCCAACCCUCUCAAAAGCUCUUCAAGUCCUUGACCUGGGUUUUCUCCUGGUGAUAGAUGUGUGUUGGAAUUCAAUUAACCCAUGGAGCAGAAGCUUCUGCUAGUCAUCCAUGAGUUCAGAAAACCCUAGAUAAGAGACCCUGAAGUCCUCUGUAAAACAUUGGGUAGUGUCCUGUAAAACCCUUUUUGUUCCAGCUGUAUGAAAUUGGGUUUUUCCAGAGAGGCUAAUUCUACCACCACACCAUUGGAUCUCCAGAGCAAUUCAACGAAAUUGCUAAUUUUUGUAAAACUACUACAAGAGUGGAUUUGAGUCUGUGAGUCUUUCAUGGUGUCAUUUCAUGUUAAAAAAAAAAAAAACAAACAAGUGCAAAGAAACUUUUUCCCUUUUUCCUACCCACAGAGAGGCAUUUUUUUGCAGCAGAUGUAACUGGAGAAGGAUUGAUGGGUGUAGGGGACGUCUCUGGUUUCUGAUCCCCUUUCAGCCCCUGUCCCCCCAAAAGUGUCAAAUAUUGGUUCUCCUAAGCUGAUCCAGCAAGACUUGCAAGAUCAGUUUUGGGGUGGGGGGGUGCAACCAUUAUUUAUAUAACUUUUUUAUUAAUUUUUUUUUAAAAGAGAAGUUAGCUGAUGGAAGAAUAUUUUUAUUGAAUAGUGCAUUUAGUUAUGUCAGAAAUAUAAAAAAAAAUAUAUAAUAUUUUUGUAAACAAGGCAAACUGAAAAUGUUUGCUGUUUUAUAUUAGAAUUUUCUAUUAAAAGAAAUAAAAACCCACACAAAUAAUUCUUGCACCCGUCAUCUGUUUUUUAACAAGCUUCUAUUCUGUGUGACUGACUCAUAUAUGCGGGAUGUGGAGACAUGCAAAACAAGUCCUAAACAUUACAUUCUCAUCAUCUUCCAGCUCUCAAAAGACUCCAGUUGGUAGAAAAAGCCGCGCUUAAUCAAAGGGGCUUUGUUGUUGUUUUUUUAAUUCUUGACACUAAAAAUGAGUUAUGGAGAUUGAGUACCUUGUAAUUAAAAUACAAAAACCUACCCCGAAACUUUAAAAUUACCCUUUUUCGGUUGUGCAUCCUGGUCUUGAGUUGGAUCUGGAUGGGGGAAACCCAAACCCUAUUUCCAAUAACUAAAUAUUUGCCGUUAAUCUCAGUUGGCCUGGGAAGAAUGAUUCUUAAAAAGGUUGUUGGUGAAAAAAAAACAGUCUGAGCACAUGGGAAGGUUAAACGAAGAGGACCAAAUUCCAGGCUUGAUACAACACAAGCCAUUUUUUAUCUAUUUGAAUGAGGCAGUGUAAAACUGGGGAGCUGGGAACUUGGUCUGCUGCUGUUCAGGAAGCCUGUCAUUCACCUUUGGAAGCAGGGGAUGAGUUAUGGACCAUCUGUUUUCAAAAGAGCUCUUGGGAUUGCUGAUUUGGAGACCUGAGCAGGGACGAAAUAAUUUCUGAGGAUUUUUUAUGGCUGGCCAGCUCGUACACAUCUGCCUUCCUUCAGACCAGGUUUUGAAUUUCUUUGUUAAUCGUUUUUCAGCUGCCCUAUUUUAGCCAACACUUGAGGAGAAAUUAGGUUGGUUUGGCUGUAGUAGGGUUGGAUGAGAACCCAGAUGAAGGGACAGAUUUCUCAAGGGUACUUUCAUGGAGUAGAUGCUGCUUAAGGUAAUUUUCUGGUGGAUUAUAGUGCCUGUGAAAAAUUCCUCAGUUGAUGUUGCAGUAAAAUUAGGUCUGUUCUGUACUCGAUAAAACAGGUGCAGCAAAGCUCUUCGUUCCUAGUUUAUUCAGCUCUGUGCACAUCUGUUGGGUUGAGUCUGGCUUCCAUGGUCUGCUCGUCCUGGUUUUUGGUUUUCAGGAUGCUAAGUAGGUGAUGACUUUUGGAUAGCAACAUUUUCCCGCAAGAGGAAUAGUGCCUUUUAUAACCAUUACUACCCUUGUAACUUGAAGGAGGCUCAGUAUGACGCAGGAUCAGGCCAGUAGAAAUCUGGUCCUUGCUAAAGCAGUUAAGCUUAGGGCCAUGGAUAUUACCACUGAAUAGCUUUUAAAUGUAUUUUUCACUGAUGAACAUUGGAUUUGACCAAGUUAUUUGCAGGUUCCAGGAAACAGAAUAUUUCUGAACAAAAAAAGUGGAAUCUCAAGUAUUUGUGAGUGGGAAGGAAAAGAAAAUGGAUAUUGGAAGGACAAGAGAAUGGAUAUUGCAAGCACAGCUUAGCUCUGGCAUCACAGUAGGCUUUCCAUAACUAUGUUUCUUCAGAGGCAAGGAGCGAGUAGGGUGUCAUUUAAGACCAUAAAUGAUUCAGACAAAUGAAAAUUCAGCAGGCUAUCCGGGGACACAUCUGAACAACGCAUUUUUCUCAAUUGUUGCUGAAGGUUUUCAGAAAUGGGCAAAACCCUUCUCAGUGGCAUUUGGCCAGGUGACCCAAAAGGACAGGAGAUUCCGCUUUCACUCACGGGGUUGCUCAGGAGAGUUGGGAGAGGUGCUGACAUGCUUGGCAGAAUGGGGCAUUUGCAAUGGGCCUGGAGUCAUCCACCUUAGAUAAGGAGCCCAUGGUGCAGGUGUGCUUGCCCAGGCUCUGUCUGCAACUAGUGUAGGCACCUCUAGGAUGUGUUUUGGUCCAUGCGGAGGUGCCAGUUUCUCCCUGCUGACAACAGAAGGGGAUAAAGACAUAUGCACCUAGGUUAAUAAUGGUGGGGAUGAGUUCAGGGCUAAGCAAUGUUUUGUGUGGAUAACCCUGCCAGCUCCCCUUGGACAUGGACCCAUCUGAAACAGCGAUCACCAAACUCCCACAGGAAUUUUCCCUUGUUCCAAUCCACCCCAGUCUCUAACAAUGCCCAUUGAGGCCUGAAUGUAAAGUCUAGGAUUUGUUUUGCACACUUGGGAUGGCAUUUCCUUUUAAAGGGAGGUGGGAAUACUAACAUGAAGGAUUAGUAUUUUUCUUUUUUUUUUUUUCCAAUGUCUUAUGGGAGCCUAAGUUAUUUUUCUCUACCUCAUAUGUACAGCUUGUAGGUAUAAAUCUGAUUCUGAGUGACUGUUGAGAAUGUAUUUAAGUUAUUUAACAUCUUUGUAUAACAAAAAAA